ACAAUCGAUCGCAGUGCUUUUUACAGUGAAGCACUAAUGAGGACUUUGUGGUGUCACGAUGUGUCUGCUCUGCUGGCUCUGCUCCUGUCAUUUUCGGACGCGUCCCAUUUUAAUGACACCGCCAGUUCAUCACCAGCUGCGGUCCAGCGAUGGCCCCCGUCAGACACCUCCUGCUGUGCUUGUUUCUGUGCGACGGGCUCCCACGGCACUACGGAGCAAAGUCGCGGAAGGGCCAGACGUUUGUACUUGAAAUCCGAGACGUGAAAAUAUGUCCAGAGAAAAGCGCAUUGGCUUGGAUGAAUAUUACCCCGACCCUCUCUGGCAAAAGUCAACAGACUUUCUUCGAUGGCGUCGCACUAUUCGAUAGAACCGCGACUACCUGGUCAGAGAUGAGCGUCAAGUUCACAAAGUGUCACGGUGGAGUUUCCUCUAACAAUUGCGAGUAUGCGUCGGAUUGGGCUAGGAAAAACAACGUCUGCGCAGAGUUUUCCUCUCCCCUUACACCAUGGUAUUCCCUCCUUCGCAUGAUCAGUCCGCCGUGGAAAUGCCCCACCAAAGCGGGAAUAUACGAAUUCCGUAACACCACUUUCGACGCGUCGGCGUUCACUGCAUUGGCGGGACCCUACGUGCAUCCUGAUGUCACGUGGUUAGUGCGCGCACUAGUGAAGGACCAGGACCGGAAGCUGUUCAUGUGCACGGACAUUACAGCGCGAAUCCUCCCUUCAGCCAGAAAGAGUCGCAGCUGAGGACAACGUCGACGUUUUUAAAUUUAUUGCAGCAGAAUUGUCGCUCUUUGUUGUUUUUUGUUGUUUAUUAUCUGAGUUGUUGGACAUGU